AUGGAUCCAAAGACAUCAAAUGUUUUUAAAAUUGUUUUUCUUGGAGGUCCCGCAGUGGGCAAAACGUCUAUUAUUCAGCGAUGUGUUCAUAACGAUUUUAAAGAAAAAUACACACCGACUGUUGAAGAGAUGUAUUUCUACAAACUUGCUCUACCAGGUGGACACUGUGGGCGUUUUGAGGUCGUUGAUACAUCAGGACUUCUGGAAUUUUCCGCCAUGAUUGAUUUAAGAAUUAGUCAAGCUCAAGCAUUAGUGGUUGUCUACGCUAUAGAUAACGAACGAUCAUUUCUAUUGGCCAAAAGUUUAUGCGAGCGGAUUCGUCAAAUAAAAGGGGGCGAAUUCAAACACAUUUUGCUCGUUGGGAAUAAGCUGGACUCUAUCGAUAGAAAGGUAUCUACAGUUUCCGCCUGUCGUUUUGUAGGAUGGCAGCCAAAAUGUCUCCUGGUGGAAUCAAGUGCUAAAUACGACUUGAAUGUAAAAGCUAUAUUUAACAUUUUGUUAGACAGCUUAUCCUCCUCUAGUGGGGAGAAUAAAAUGUAA